ACAGCGCGCAGUUGCGAAGACUGAACUGCUUUUCACAAAUCCGUGUCCGCAUUCAAGCACCAUAUGGAAAAUAAAAAAAAGCAAUAUAAUGUUAUACUAACUCUACAUUAGAACCAUAAAUGGCUGUCUCCUGGUUGGGAGUCCCUAUUUCCUUCUGCUGGACGGCGAUUUCGAUUGCUGUCGCCUUUCUUGGCUACACGGGAGGUAUGCCCGCUGCUCUGCCCGCUGUCCUCGGUGUGGGUUCGCUGGUGAGCAUGGCUCUGAUCUGGAGGGACAUCAGCUCCAAGAUGAAGGGUGAACAUCGCACUGUGGCCGGUCUUCUUGGACAAUAUCUGGCGACCAAAGCAGUCGGCUGGAUCGGGAGACGACAGCGGCGGAAGCUGGAAGCCGACACGCUGAAUGUGAGGAGGGUUCAAGAGCAAACCCUGCUGAGGAGACUGAGGCGGAACCAGGAGACGACUUAUGGAAAACAGUAUGACCUCGAGUCAGUCACAGACAUUGAUUCGUUCCGGGCCCGUCACCCCAUCACCACGUAUGAGCACUAUCGGGAACUUAUAAGACGAGUUGCUGCUGGAGAAGAGAAGGUGAUCAUCUCUGAAAAGCCACUUAUAUUGGCCAUGACCUCUGGGACUUCUGGAGCCAGUGCAAUGCUUCUCAGCACCAAGGCCACCAACACUGAAUUCUUCAUGCAGGGUGUUGCUGUAUGUUUAGAUGCCAUGCGACAGGCAUUUCCAUCCACAGACAGUCUCCAACGCACAACAAAAUUCUUCUAUACUCCAACCUUUCGUCAGUCUGAAGCUGGAAUUCCCAUUGGGCCAAAUUCUUCCACACCAGCAUCUUCACGCAGCAUGCUCAACCUCUAUACCACACCAGCCCCAGCCUACGAGGUCACCAGUGAGAGAGACGCUCUGUACCUGCAUCUGCUCUUUGCCCUGAAAGAUCCCUGCGUAGGAACUCUGGAGUCCAACUUUGCCUCCACGGUUUUCUAUGCCUUCACUGCCUUGCAAGAGCGCUGGCAGGAGCUGGUUGAGGACAUCGAGAAAGGGACGGUCAGCCACACUCUGGCUCUGGAGGAUGAUGUCCGAGCCAAACUGGAGGCUGUUAUUAACCCUGACCCAAAGAGAGCUGCUGAGCUCAGGGCUCAAUUCUUGAUGGGAAUCGGGGGCAUUGCCAAACGCCUGUGGCCUCACCUGCAUCUUGUCCUGGCUGUAGAUUCAGGCUCUAAUCAGAUCUAUGGCGAAAUGUUGAGGGAGAGCUUCUGCCAAGGAGUCCCUUUCUACUCACCCUUCUAUGCUGCCACUGAAGGUCUGAUUGGAGUCAAUCUGUGGCCGCUGCAGCAGAAGCGCUGCUACCUGUUGUGUCCUCGCUCCAUGUUCUGCGAGUUCCUGCCCGAGAAGAGCCUGGACGAAGAUGCUCCUCAAACUCUGCUGAUGGACGAGGUGAAGGAGGGAGACAGUUAUGAGCUUGUCAUCACUAAUGCCUCCGGACUCUUCAGGUAUCGCAUCGGAGACAUUGUGAAGGUAGUUGGAUUCCAUAACCAGUGUCCCAUUGUGGAGUUUCAAUACAGACGUGGGCAGAUGUUGAACGUUCGAGGAGAGAAAGUGUCUGAAACUGUAUUUCUCGCUGCGCUGAAGAAGUCAGUUGCUCUGUGGCCCGGGUGUCAGCUGGUGGACUACUGCUGUGCUGAGAGCGGAAUCCUGGGAGAUUCAAUAGGGGGCUCAGAUCCUCACUACCAGGUCUUUCUAGAACUAAGAGGAGUGAGGAACCUGACUGAGGAGCAGAGAUACAAGCUGGACAUUUGUCUCCAGCAGGAAUCGAACAUCUACAAAUCUUUCCGAAUCAAGGGCAGCAUUGGGCCAAUGAGGGUACAGCUGGUUGCUGAAGGUGCAUUCAAGGAGCUUCGGAAGAAAAUGAUGGACUUCUCCAACACUUCUCCAAAUACGUUCAAAAUGCAGCGAGUGCUGAGAAGAAGAGAGUAUGCAGAUUUCCUCCUGGGGAAAACGGUUUCCUGAAAGUUGCCUCUCAGUGUGACGUGAUGGAGUCAGCUUGAAAACACAUCUGUGUGUCUGUGAAUUCAUCACUUUUUAUAUUGCUUAUUUAAAUAAAGUGGCUAAUCAAUGUCAUGAA